CUUUGAAAUCACCUCUUCUUUUACCCCGCUUGUCUUGUGACAAAUUUCAAGAGCCUUACUAUAGUACCAGGCAAAGUUUCGUCAGAUGAAACCCCGCUGUUGACUUUUCCAAGUCUUGAUGUACUAUUACUGAUCUACCCGCCCUAAUGAAAGCUAUUCCCUGCCAUUUUUUAUACCUUCCACUGGCAUUAUGACACUUGAUAUUGUUAUUACAUUGUAGCUUGAAGCUCUCUUAUGAAGUCCUUUGCUAGAGCCUCCUAAGUCCCUUUCACUAUAGGUCUUUACGAGUUGGAACUGCUUUAUGGCCUAGGUAUUAUCUUACAUAAGUAGAGGUUCAUUUAAUAAUAAUGAUGAUGAUGAUGAUGAUGAAAGGCCUUAUUGUGACCGGUGGGGGUACUCUGAGUGAGGGACAAGUGACUUACUUUAACAUUUUGCGAGGCGGUGGGUUGCGAUUAAACUUCCCUCAACUUCCAGGUCUUAAAACAAUCCAGGGACGGAAGAUAGCGAUUACUGGUGCUAGCGGCCAGCUUGGGAAGCCGACUAUCAACGCCCUCGUUGGAUUGGGCGCCCAUACUAUUACCGCUAUUCAGCGACCCGAGGCUACCAGCACGUUUCCUGAUGGUAUUACUGUCAAGAAGGGCAACCUUAAGGAUGAAGCUUUCCUCACUGAGGUGCUCAAAGGCCAAGAUGCCCUCGUCCUAAUGCCGCCUCUAGCUCAACUCGUAGAGCUUCAGGAGCCUGCCAUCCGCGCGGCCGCUAAUGCUGGCGUACCCUAUAUCCUUCCAUCUGAGUUCGGCCCCGACCCCUUUGCUGGCCAGCUUGUAGAGGAGAAUGAGCUACUUAUAGCGAAGAAGCGCAUCCGAGAUUUGAUUGAAAGUAUCGGUGUCAGCAGUUGGAUAUCUAUCGCCGUUGGCCCGUGGCUCGAUGCAGGUCUUACUCAGGGCUUAUGGGGUGUCGAACCGAGAACUCGCAAGGCAACGAUCUGGCAAGGGGCUAAUGCCAAGGUCAAUACAGCGACCAUCUCACAUGCUGCUGAAGCAGUUGCUGCGGUGCUGAGCUUACCGGAGGCUGAUUUGGCCAAGUACAAAAACAAAGCUGUAUAUACGCCGUCGUUCCACCUAACGCAACGAGAGAUACUAGACGCUGUUCAGCACGCCACAGGGACGACAGACGCGGACUGGGACAUCAAGACGCGAGAUGUUGACGAAGUGGCUAAAGAAUAUGAGGAUAAGAUCAAGCAGGGCGACGAUGUGGCUCCUUUUAUCAAAUUCUUUGUCACACAUUUCCUUGAGGGCCAUGGCGGCGACUUCAAUUCCAAGGUCGAUUCGACGGAGUUGGAGAAACUGGAGCAUUUAGGACUGCACAAGGAGAACCUCAUGCAGGCUAUCAAAGUGGCCCUGCAGUAAAUUAAAUAGAAUUCUACGAAAUGGGAGAUAACGUGGUUUGUUUUGUCCCUUGUGAAACCGUACUACUGUUUUAUUACACUGAACCAUUAAUUAAACAACCACAGCUUCAUACAAUUUCUUGGUGCUGUCUUUUGAAUAUCUUCUCCAUAAUACGCAGAAAACAAUGCUACAGUGCGAGCAUGCCGGAAGCUCCGGAUGAAUUAAAAACCAGCUUCAUCCCGAAGUUGUAAGCGGAGGAUGCCGAAAUCGGACAUUGGCAUCUGGCCUUCGGCAAUGAUUACUGAUAUACAGUUGCUCGUUGCCACAAGUUACGUUUCAAAGAAUGAGCUAGCGAAAAUAUUAUAC